UUAGUAAUCUAAUAUUUGUUCAACUUAAAAAUGUUAUUCAAGUAUUCUUCGGAUGGAAGCUGCAACCUAAGGUACGUGGACAACCCUCCCCCUUCCAACCCCCAAUUUCUGCUCUUCUUGGCCGCCAUUGGAGUGACCUUCAGUUUAGGUGAUUUCCACCACUUAAACAACUGAGUACAAGUAGAACCCAUUUCGAUUCUUGAGAACCCAACACGAGAAGAAACGAGAAUUCGAGAAUGAGGGUAUUCAUCAUUCUGUGAAAACAAAAGAACAAGUGCCCGAGAAGAGUGAAGAGACUUAGAGAAGGGAUUCUUGAGUUUAUAGUCUUGAAGCUUCGUAGCUGCCAUGUCUAGUUGAAUAUCAAUGGUGAAGGGCAAGGCAUGGCGCAUCAUUCCGAGACCCCUGCUGGAAACAGUCCUCAACAACCACGUGCAGCACCACCGCGUGCCUCAACCUCUAAUCCUCCAUGGACCCCGUGGCGUCGGCAAAACCACCAUCAUCCUCGAACGUCUAUUUGAGAGAUGGAAUACCGGCCCUCAUAUUACUGGUUAUGUUGACUUUGCGGAGUCGAUAGAGGAUUACCAUCCGAAGCAUGGUCAGUCAUAUCCAUGGACCUCAUGGACCACUUGUCCACCUCCUAAACUUGUUACGCUGAAGGAUCAGCUUGAAAACUGCCUUGAAUCCAUGACUCAAAGGGCCAUAAAGCUUGGGACCAUUAGCUCCCACCAAAUAUUCACCAUUCUUACCAAAUGGCAUAGUCCAACCACUGCCCUCAGCCAAAUUUUGAACAAAGAUUCAGGUUCCAGAAUGCCUGUAAGAACUAAAAAGAAUAGGGUUUCCACAUCAAAUUUGUGGGACAGUGCAGUUUUUAAGUUAUCUUCUAGAUUGUGUGAACAAGAGUUAGAUUGGGUUCUAGAUAAGAGCAUUCCUGUGGAGGAGGGGUCAUAUUACAAGGAGGCCAUGGCGGCAUUGAAAUUGGCCAAAGAGGUUAUUAGGAUUCAAGAAAAAUGGAGGGAGAAUGCAGUUCGCGAUUUGAAUAACAGGGGUGGAUUUUCACGGUCCUUAGCAAACUCUGCUACUGAUUGGCCAUGUUUGUUGCUCGAGUUGUUGUCUUUGGCUGCUGAAAUGGACUAUUUUCAGCCGAAGCUGGUGAUAAACAAUAUUGAGGUUCUGAAGAAUGCUGUUUCAGAGGAUGACAGAACAAUAUGUGGAUCCCUGUACCAUGACAGUCUGAUUUGGAGAAUAAUAGCCUUGGGAGCAAAUGAGAGGUGCCUCCCGGUUCUUCUUGUAACAUCUGAUAGCUACUACUCGUACAGAGCUUUUAUGGAUUUUGGAUUUCCAGAUAUUUUCAUCUCCCGUGAGACAUUUGGAUGGACUCCAGCAGAGGCAAAAAUGCAUAUGGUUGGUGACUAUUUUAGUCAAUCUGAGUGGGAUGUAAUUGUUGAGGUAUUUGGGCCAAAUCCAAGACAUCUUUUUGAGGUUUAUGCGCUCAAGCUAAGUAAUUAUUACCAGAAGGUGAUGAACUACAAGAGCACCUUUGAAGAUAUCGUGGACUUGUAUUUGGCAUAUUUGCAAGUAAGUUUCUAAUGAGCUUAAAUUCUAAUUUAUGUUUCCAACCUUUUGUUUUCAUUUUGCCUUCUAGAAUUUACUUGCAUACUAUAUUAUCGUA